CACGCGAGAGAAAAGUUCUUUAAUAAAAUGUUUAUGUUUUUUAACGCACACUCCUUUGAUUUGGAGGAAGAACCGCGUGUUAUACGUAGACGUUUAAGGGAUAACACAAAUGUGCUGGAUUUACCAAAUAAGGAAUUUGUCAACCAAUUUCGCGUGAGUAAAGAGGUUUUUAAGAAUAUUUUAUUAGAAGUAGCUCCUAAAAUGGAAAAAAGGUUUCGAUCCACAUCUAUACCAGAAAUGACCAAAUUAGCUUGUUUCUUCCGUGCUCUUGCUGGGAAAUAUCAAAUGAAUGUUGGCACAAACUCAUAUACUUGUGUAUCACAGGGCACGACUUCAAAAAUUGUGGGCGAGUGUUUGGAAAUUUUUGAAGAUUCAUUUUGCGGCAAGUGGAUAUGUUUAGAAAUGAAUGCAAAGGAGGAAUCUGAAACUAAACAAGCAUUUUACAGAAGCACUAAAGUGCCUAAUGUAAUUGGUUGUGUUGAUUGCACCCACAUACCAAUAAAGCGUCCCACAGUUGAAGUAAGACAUCUAUACCAGAAUAAAAUUGGAUCGUUUAGUAUAAAUACGCUAAUGAUUUGUGAUGCAAAGUUGGUGGUGCGAUAUGUGGAUGCAAGAACGCCAGGUGAAAAAGCUGAUGAAUACGUUUGGCGUCUAAGUGGUGCAAAUGCUUAUUUGAAAUCGUUAUAUGAUGCCGGAAAACGAAAUUUCUGGAUAAUAGGUGACUCUAACCUGCCACUCCAACCGUAUUUGAUGACACCGUAUCAUAAUCCCACUGAGACUUAUGAAACUAUUUAUAACGAGAAACUGCUUAAAGCACAGAAAUUCGUAGGAAAAUGUUCCAACACUAUUAAGAACAGAUUUCGCUGUAUAGCGGAUGGCAAAGCGAUAUAUUAUCUGCCGGAGAAAGCAACUAAAAUAAUUAAUGUUUGUUGUGCAAUUCAUAAUGCGUGUAUAUUUUAUAAAGACAAUUUAGAAUUCGGUGAGACAGUAGAUAUGAAUUUAAACAAUGACAAUUGGCAUAGUAGCACAGAGUUUGACAGCGAUAUCAAUGCAACGGAGGAAGCUUUAAAAAUAAGAAAAAAAUUAGCUAAAAGUUUGAAACAUUCCAAAGAUUGAUCAUAAAUGAUGUUAAUAAGAUAAAAAAGUGGUGUGUAUUUUGGUAUUCUCAAAACUUGUAUUAUGUUAAUUUUUAUAAAAAAUAUUACUACCUAUUAAAAAAUUAAAACUUUUUUCAAAUUGAAAAA